UUUGGAAAUUUUAUUUUGACUGAUUGAAAAACCUCCCCAGACCGAUACAAAUUAAAAUACUUCUUUCGUCUCAUUUUAUAUUUUCUGUUUUGAAUUUGGAACAUAUUUUAGGAAGUGAAAAAAUAUUGUUGAGUUUCCAAAAAUGCUCUUACUUUUUUAGGGGGCAACGAUGAAUGAGAAGACAAAGUGGAGAGGAAUAUCUUAUUUUACGGAUAUUUUAGGUUGCCGACACGGUGGUGCCCUACAAUGCGACACUCUCUCUGUGCAUCGAUCAGUUGGUUGCUGGUGAGUGUGUAUGGUGUUGGAUAAUGAGAGGCUCGAUCUCUAGCUAGAUGAGUAGUAGCUCCCUGCAGAAAAGGGCAAUUUCCUGCUGGAAUGAUUUUCUAUUUCUCUGAAUAAUUUGACCAAAACUCAUUGGACCAUAUCAUGGCGAGGCGGCAGCAGCUAAUUCCCCCAUUAAUAACAAGGAGGCCCAUUUGCUGUUCUAUCACCCUCUGCUUUGUGGCAGUGGCGAUUACUGUUUUGCUCAUUCUCGUGUCCAUUAGGGUUGCUGACGGCAUUAAGGGACAUGUACUUAGCAGGGGAGGAUUAGGGACAGAAAGGCGGCUUUGGAGGGACGUAAUAGCAGGGGCGGUUCUGGUGGGGAUGAACGUGUGCAUCACGGUGGGGUGCGUCGUUGGAUUCACCUGCUGGAGCAUAACGGUGACGAGGCGAGAGAUGUGGGGGCGGGCGGAGCGCAUCAGGCAAAUGGAAGCUGCCUGGGAGGCGGAGAGGAAGAGCAUGAGAAAGAUUGACGCGUUUGCCGGUGCUAGCCACGAGGUCCGCACCGCUCUCGCCGGCAUCACCGGCUUGAUUCACAUGUGUCGGGCCGAGGCCGCUCCCGGCUCCUCCUUGGAUUUCAAUCUCAACCACAUGGAGUCCUGCACCAACGACCUCAAGAGCUUGUUGAACUCAAUCCUGGACACGAGCAAGAUUGAGUCGGGGAAGAUGCAAGUUGAAGAAGAGGAGUUUGAUUUACAGCAAGUGCUGGAAGAUGUUGUGGACCUAUACUAUCCCGUGGGCAUGGAGAAGGGGGUGGAUGUCAUAUUGGAUCCAUGUGAUGGGUCAGUUGAGCAUUUUAGGGAGGUCAAGGGGGACAGAGGCAAACUCAAGCAGAUCCUCUGUAAUCUCUUGUACAACUCCAUCAAGUUCACCGACGAUGGGCAUGUUUCCCUUCGCGCUUGGGCGGUAGCACCAAAAUAUCCCACAACUAGUAGCGCCACUAGCAUCCACAAUCGCAGUGGGAACAGCAGGCCUUUCAGUUUCGCUUCACGUCUCCUUUUCGGAAGCAUUUCACGCGGUAAAGCUGCUGCAACAUCAGCAGCAACAACAGAAACAGGACUUGAAAACAAUGGCAGGGAUGUGAUGGAGUAUGUAUUUGAGGUGGUUGAUACAGGGAGAGGGAUUCCCAAGGAGAAGCACAAGUUUGUGUUUGAAAACUACGUCCAAGUCAAAGAAACAAGUGUGAGUGAUAAUCAUGGGCAUUUAGGUCACGGUCUAGGGCUCGGCAUUGUUAGGUCUCUAGUGCAUUUGAUGGGCGGGGAGAUUGGCAUCAUCGACAAGGAAAUAGGGGAAAAGGGGACUUGUUUUAGGUUCAACAUAUUCUUGGGAAAUCCCCGUCAUCCUCCGGGUAAUUCAACAAGACAGGAUAUCGAGUCGUCCCCAUGUAUUUACGGUUACAAGUGUUGGCCCUCAUCCAAAGUUACAUCCCAGGUUGUUCUCUUCAUUCAGAGCGAAGAAAGGAGUGAAAUUGCAAGGAGAUUCCUAAGAAACCGGGGCAUUAAAGUCACUGUCAUUACCAAGGGAUAUCAGCAGUUGAGCAAGACACUAAAGAAGAUCAAAUCUAAGCUUUUCGUUCCAUCCAAAAGUGGUCAGCCAACAACAAGUAACUCUCAGUCAUCAGCUUCUUCUACACCUUCAUCCUCAAGGUCAAGGUCAAGAUCAAAGGAGGUGGUUCACGAUGCUAAGGAUGGAACACGAGAUACUAUGGUGUUGAUGAUAGUAGACACGAGAGCAGGGCCAUUCCCAGAAGUGAGUCGCACAGUUGCCGAAUUCCAAAGGGACCUACUCCAACGAGGAGGAUUUCCUAGAGUUGUUUGGAUAGACAUCUCAAGAGCACAUGACAACAGGGAGAAGCUGCUGCUUCCCUCCACUGAUCUUAUCAUGUCCAAGCCUUUGCACGGAUCCAGUUUGAAUCAAAUUUUAGAGCUUCUUCCCGAGUUUGCAUCAUCAACCAAACCUUUUCCCCAAUCAUUCAUUCCUUCAGGAGAGAUACAGGUGGUAAUCGACAAAGAAAAAGAUCAUGAUGAGUGUGGUCCAAGCACGAGAGGCGACACUGCGGCACAAAACAAGCCAUUGCAAGGGAAAAGAAUCUUGAUAGUUGAUGACACUCCGUUGCAGCGCAGAAUAUGCAUCGCGGUAGUUUCCCAACUAGGUGCUCAAAGCUACACCUGUGACAAUGGUGCAGAAGCUGUGGAACUUGUGACUGGGGCACUACAGAAUUGGGAUAACCAACACACUUUUGAUUACAUCCUAAUGGAUUGUGAGGUAAAAAGUGCAACCUUCCAUUUUUAGAGUUCUCUGCUUCAUAAAUGAAUCACCCCACCAUCUAAAAAGUAGUAGAGGCACAUUUUUUGUUCUGAAGAAAGAAAAAGAAAAAGAAGAAAAAACUCCCAAACCCAAAACCCACCCCCACCCCCCAUUAUUGUGUAGAUGUUUUUUUCCCAUGAACUUGAUUACUUACAUGAGAUUAUCUAUUGUCACUACCAAUAUUUAAUUACAAAGAUAACUAAUCUACGGUCACUACCUACCUAAACACCGGACAAUGCGCAUAAAGGAAAAGGGGGAAG